AUGCAAGAAACCAUCCUGGAUAUACAGUCACGCAGUAUGAGAGACAAUCUAAUCUUCUCCGGCAUUCCUGAAUCAUCCACCGAGGACCCCGAAAAAUCUGUUAAGGACUUCCUGAUCAACCAGCUCAAACUUUCACCAGAGACUGUAGAGCACAUCACUUUCCAUCGCGUUCACCGUUUAGGACAGAAACACAUCAACUCCACCCGUUCCCGCCCCAUCAUCGCCAAAUUUGAACACUUCAAACAAAAAGUACUGGUACAGCGACAAGGACGACAGCUCAAAGGGACUCAUUACGGACUCAACGAUCAAUAUCCACAAGAAAUCAUCCGCAGACGUAAGCUACUUUUCCCCAUCCGUAGGACAAUGAUCAAUCAAGAUGCUCAGACAGAUGAAAUGAUUUCAGUAUCAGUGAUGGAGGGAGAUUCUAUCACUCUGAACUCUGAUGUUACUGAAAUACUUAGAUAUGAUCGUAUUAUGUGGUUUUUUGGACCUUCAGAGACUCGUAUUACUGACAUUUAUGAUCAGGUCAUCACUAUAUAUGACCAAAGUACGAGAUUCAAAGACAAACUGCAGCUUGACAGUCAAACGGGAUCUCUCACCAUAAAGAACAUCAGAACCACAAACUCUGGACUUUAUAAACUAAAUGUUCUCAGCCAACGAGGGGUUUCACACAAAACAUUCACAGUUACUGUAUUUGCACCUGUUUCAACACCUGUCCUUCAGACAAUCCCACAAGUUAGCCAUGAUCCAGCUCCUCUGCCCAUUCCUGUCAUCACCAGUGAUUCUUCACAGUGUUCAUCAUCAUCAUCAUCAUCAUCAUCAUCAUCAAGAUCAUCAGUGUCCAGAUGUUCACUGGUGUGUUCAGUGUUGAAUGUGAGUGAUGUGACUCUCUCCUGGUACAAAGGAGUUAGUGUAUUGUCCAGCAUCAGUGUGUGUGAUCUCAGCAUCAGUCUCUCUCUGGAGGUGGAAUAUCAGGAUAAAAACACAUACAGCUGUGUGCUCAACAAUCCUGUCAGAAACCAGACCACACAUCUGGACAUCACUCAACUCUGUCAACCAUGUGAAGACUCUGUCCAGUGUUGUGGUUUCACUGAAGCUGUGAUCCGAUUGGUCGUCUCUGCUCUGGUGGGCGUGGCUAUUGUUGCUGUGCUGAUUUAUGACAUCAAAUCUAAUCAAAUUAAUCAGGAGAGGAGAGCACAUGAACAUCACCAUCAGUCCCUCACUGAUACAAUAUAG